AUGGUUGAUUAUACCGACGAUACUCUUCAAAAAGCUGAAAAAAAUCUUAAUUCUACAAAAGGUCGAAUUAGUCAAUUAGUGUCAAUUGAACAAACAUUUAAUUCAACAAUUCGAAACUCUAUUGAAGUUAUUGCUAUUGAAACUGAACGAAAUUUAAAAGAAUUUUUACCAAAAUAUCUUGAUGAAUUUAUACAAGAUUUAGAUACGCUUAGUACAAAUUUUGAAAAUUAUACUCAAAAUAAACAAGAAUUACCAGUUGGAACAAGAACAACAGCAAUACGAGUUCGUGCAUUAAAUUCAAAUAUUAAAAUAUUACAAGAUAAAAUUAAACAAUAUAAUAUAAAAUUAAACGAUGCAUUAAAGAAUUUUGAAAAUAGUCGUCUAUCAAUGCCAUCAAUUCAAAAAUUUGAUGAAUUACGAAAUCAAGCACGUUAUGCUCGUGAUCAAAUUAAACAAAGUGCAACACAUUAUGUUGAUUGUUAUCGAGUUGAACGAUAA